AUGAACCGACACACACUGGACGGUCUUACCGCAACUGAUCGCACCGAGACCUCCACUCCUCGACUCAAGUUCAAGGCCACCGAGGCAGCAGAUGGUGCUGGGGUGAAGGUGCACUACCUGGAAAACAAGUGCACCAGUGAGGAACCGCGGAAGUUUUGCGACUUUCGCCAACUGAUAAAUCUCAGCUUGAAAACGGUGGAUAGCCUUCAAAGUAGUGUAGACAGCCUGGGCGAGUGUCGUGAGCUGUGUUUGGCUGCCAUCGAAUGCCGUUCCUACCUCUACGAUGCCACUCUCCGAGUCUGCAGACUAAGUCACCUAACAGAGCUUAGUACAUGGCAUAUUAAUCAGCCUUACGAAGAGAUUGAAGGAGUAUCUACUUAUGAAAUUUCAACUUGCUACAAUGUCUCUAUUCUGUGUGAGCCCAAGUCAAUGAAGGUGCAGAUUGAGACAAGUAAGCUCUUCAGUGGUCGAAUCUACUCUAAAUCCCAGCCAAAACAGUGCGUCAAUGAUGUGUCCAAUCAAAUGGAUUUUCACCUAUCACUGCCAUACAUCGAUGCUGAUGAAGAGACUAUGAGGGGGAAACGAUGCGACACUCGGCAAAACUUUCCCGGCAGCUUCGCCAACGACAUUAUCAUUCAACACAACGACAAAGUGCUCACUUCUAAGGAUCUUUCACUUGGUGUCUACUGCAAGUUUGAUCUUCAAAAUGAUAGCAUUGCUCGAAUUGACUUGAGAAUUCAAGGAGAAAUUCUCACCGACAAACUGAAAGGAGCUGCAGAACUGCCGGACCUGUCUCUUCAUGUGGUCGACUACCAUGGACGAGACAUUGAUGAGGUCACCAUUGGCGACUUGUUGAGGGUGCAAAUUAGAAUGAGCAACGAAGAGACAUACGGCAUCUUUGUGCGCAAUUUAGUUGCCAAAGAUAGCUCCAAUAAGACAAACAACAUUACAUUAAUUGAUAACAAAGG